CUGAAUGUGGAUUACUUAGGAGAAAUAAUCAUUUAAAAUCCUCUGCUACAUGACAUUAAGAAACGAGUGCACAAUAUUUUAGAGAUUAUUUAUAGUCUAUCCAAUUUAUUUAUUUAUAAUUGUCCAACAAUCAUAUUCUCAACUAACUGUUCAGCGUAGUUGAAUAUGUUAUUUGUUAUUUCACAUAAUACUCUGACUUUGAAACACUAAAAACUCAGCAAAGUGAUUGUGUCUAGUGUGACGUGUUGGAAUGAAAUAUAAUUUUUCUACAUUAUCAUCCAUUUUCGAGUGAAGUUUGGGACAAUUAACACAUGCUGUCUUGUUACUUUAGGGCAGAACCUUUAAAAAGAAGAAAAGAAAAAGUUAGAAGAAUUGAAAAAGAAAUAAGACGCCUUAAUCGUCUCGAUCGAAUAUUAAGACCAAUUGAAGAAAUUGAAGGAGAUCGUCAAUUAAAGAAAGAAAUAAAAUUACGUCAACGUCCAUCAAUAGACAUUAGUGAAACGGAAUUAGAUGAACGAAUAGGUAUUUGGAAGAAUUGGACACGUUAUCAAAGAAAUGUAGCACAUAAUGAAAUGAUCAUGUAUAAUUUAGCAAUUGCUGCUCAACAGAAUGCUUUAAAAUGGUUAUAUAAAACAUCUCCCGAUUUAUACGAAGCGGCUAUUCAACCUUGUUCUGAAUUAAUUCAAUCAUCAGAAUUAUCGAAUGAUGAUAAUUUAGGAGUAGUAAAAAAAGAAAAUGAAAUGAAUUAUUUAACAUUAAUAGGUCCAUAUAUGACUGCACCAAAAUUACACGGGGAAUUUAUUGACUCGACUGAAGAAUAUGAACCACCAGAUGGUGAACAAAUUGAUACAACAAUUCAAUUAACUUAUGAAUUUGAAAUUGAACCACAAUUAUUAGCUCAACCAAAGAAGAAAAAGUUUAUGUUUACAAAAAAAUGA